CUGAAUGGAUCACAUCACUUGAGAGUCUGUCGGUGGGAGAUAUGAGUUUUCAUAUUGCCUGAUCAUAUGGCAAGGAACUUCGAUAAGCUAUAAUGUUUGACGUCUCCCAAUGAAUCCAGCUCAGCCUUUGUCAGUUGACUCAUGUAUGGGUACAGCAAGCUAGUUGGUGCUUGGAUCCCGCUCUGGCUUCCCAGCUCGUCCCUCUCGAUCUCGAUUUUAUUAGUAUUGUGCUCGAGUAUUACAUCUACGACUUUUGGUUACGAUGGCUUGGCAAUGAUGAACGGCCUCAAUAUCCUCCCGUCAUAUCUCAAUUACUUCCAUCUAACUCCCGCAACCACUGGUUUGAAUACUGCUUCGCUCUGGAUCGGAGGGUGCAUCGCAGGAGUCACUUGGGGCAAAGUGACUGAUUUAAUUGGACGCAGGCCCGCAUUGUUUUGGGCCGCAGUCCUCACUCUAAUCGCCGUGGUACUGCAGACGGCUGCUCAGAACAUUGCCAUGUUCGUCAUUGCGAGGAUCAUUUUGGGCUUUGGAACCUCUGCGUCGGGUCUUACUGGUCCCGCAUAUCUGGCGGAAACACUUCCACUUCAUUGGCGUGGGUGGGGACUGGGCAUAUUCAACGACUUCUAUUACGUGGGCGGUCUUAUCGCGGCGGGAAUUACCUACCGCACCUCGUUCAUUGAUUCCACCUGGGCAUGGCGUAUACCUUCUGUCAUCCAGGGUGUUUUCAGCAUUCUAUGCAUCGUCAUCAUUCCCUUCGUCCCCGAAUCUCCCAGAUGGCUAUUAUUCCACGGCCGUCGUGGAGAAGCUCACAAUGUGCUUGCCCAAACUUACUCUGAUGGUGAUUUGACAAGCCACAUUGUUCUGGUUCAGCUCAAAGAGAUUGAGGAUACGUUCGAGUAUGAAAAGAAUGCUGGGGAGACUCUGUCUGUAACCCAGAUCUUUCGAACGAGGACUGCCCGGAAACGAGUGUUGUUAGCGGUCUCGGCUGCUGUGUUUAGCACCAUCGCAGGAAACGUCAUUGCCUCGUACUAUCUCGGGACGAUGUUAACGAAUGCUGGUAUAAGCAGCACAACAAAACAACUCCAAAUUAACAUCAUCCUUAACGCGUUCUGCCUGGUCUGCUCCGUAUUCGGGACGUACUUCAUUGAUAGAUGGGGCCGCAAAACGAUUGCAGCCCUCAGCACAAUGCUCUUAACCAUCUUCUUGUUCCUGGUUGGUGCUUUAACAAAAGUAUUUGGAAAUUCGAGCAAUACUUCUGGCGUGUAUGGUACUGUGGCGGUGAUCUUUUUAUUCCAAGGCGCGUACAGCAUCGGAUGGACACCAGUCCUCUAUCUCUACCCCCCGGAAGUACUGAACUACCCUAUUCGUGCCAACGGCAUGGGCGUGUUUCAAUUCUUCCUCAAUGGUGCCGCCUUGCUCAUAGUGUUCACCAUGCCCGUCGCACAGGCCAGCAUCGGAUGGAAGACGUACAUGAUAAACGGAGCAUGGGAUAUUGUAAUGCUGAUCGCGAUUUUGUAUUACUGGAUCGAGACCAAGGGAAAGACGUUGGAGGAGAUUGAUGAACUGAUCGAGGGGAAGAAACACAGCGAGGUACCGGAUUUGGAGAAAAUUAUACGGGGAGGAGAGGUUCAGUAUGAGUAUGGAGCUCAAGAGGUUGAGAAGGAGUAGUCCAUUAAGUGAAUUACACAGUCUAGGGCAUGCUGUACUCUCAAUAAGCACGGGUCUUCCGCUCCUAACCAAAGUCUAACUGACCAUUACCCUGCUACUACCCGGAUCAUACCUACAAGGUCAUAGAACUCCACUGUUUAACCCAGG